UAGACGUUAUAUUCAGCUUUAUCCAACAAACGGUAGCUCUGAACACUUCCUUGAACAUUUACUUACAGGGGAUUCUAAACAAGACGGAAAAUGACAGCUUCAGACAGAGUAGUCCUAGCUCUCGGGGGAGCAGGUACAGUUGGAUCGGGAAUUGUUAAAGCCUUACUUGAAAAAGGAUUUCGUGUUGCUGUGAUCUCUCGUGAUGGAAACAGACUUGAAAAACUGAAGAACUUUGUCUCAGCUUCUACCAGAGAUAACCUUUACACACUAGUGGGAAAUGUUGGUACUGAAGAAGGCGCUGAAGCUGCUAAAGCUAGUCUCCUGAAAAGUGUAGGAAAGGUGACAGACAUUGUAUCAUCAUUGGGCUUCAGCUGGUGGCAGGGUGGACCACCUCAUACUCAGACUCUCAAAGAGCUGAACCAUGUCUUGGAAACUCUUCUCCUAUGCACAUUUACAUCCUGGAAAGCCUUUUUCCCACUUGUGAAAGAUAACCCAAAUGGAACAUACACAUUCAUAACUGGGGGUGCAGGUGAGCGAUUGCUUAUGCCUGGGACUGGAUUUCUCACAUUGGGAGCAGCAGGCAGUUUAGCUUUCUGCCAGGUCGUGAGGAGCGAAUACCCUGAUAUACCCUGCAAAGUGAAUGAGAUCAAGAUAAACAUGGGAGUGGCCAUGCCAGAAAGGAUGGGCCCAGGGUACAUCAGCCAUCUGGAUGUUGGAGAGGCUGUCGCUUCAGUGGUGGAGCGGAGGAACAGUUCCCACAAAGUGUUCUGUGUUAGCUCUCCUGCUGACCUCAAAACAAUCAUUCUGGAAGGAAAAGUCUAAAGAUUCCAUGGAAGACUAUGCCUUGAAGAACAAGUAGUAAAAGCACUUAUGUAAACACAUACACCUUACCUUUUAGAGCAGUUAGAAUAGAACUGUAGUGAGCAACAGUAAUCUUCAGCAUUACUAGAUGACCCGCUAUACAGUAUGUUCACCUUCUGUAUCAACUUUUAGUCGCAUUUUACUUUAAUAUACACAUACCUGGUCUAGUUGGAAGGGUACAUGUUUAUUCAUUAGAUGCAAUUUAGAAUGAGAUGCUUACCUGAACUCUCAGAGCUAAUGGCCAAAUAAGGGGUGGUCUGAAAAUUUCAGUGGAAGUGAUUAUUUAAUGUAAGCCCAAAAUACGGUCAAAACCACAAAGACUGAAAAAUGGUUGACAGUAUCUUGAUUUUGUAGGAAGCUGCUGUCUGCUGUAAGAUACUAGAUAUUUAAACAAAUUAAUAAAUGAUACGGCCUUCUAAACAAAUAAGACCAAGAUGGUCUAAAGAAGAACGUUUCA